AAUUUUUUAUGUAAGGAGUAACGAAAGGAGCAUAAGAACAGCAAAAUUUUUUCCACUAAAUAUAAAAUAUCACGCAUCGUGUUCGCUCACAUCAAAACUACUAUAUCUAUUGAUAGUAUCUAUUGAUACUAAUAUUAGUAUCAACGCUGCUGCGCAAAAUUUGAGACGACAACAAUCAACAGGUUGGAGUAGUUUGCACGAGAAAGAGUGCGGUAAGAAAAACCUUUUUCGGGCGGAGUCCAGAAUAAUUGGGGGACGGGAAGCUUUCGAAAAUGAAUUUCCCUGGAUGGCCGGUAUCAUAAGUGUCAACAAAUCAUUAUUGAUAUGCGGAGCGUCAAUCAUAAACGAUCGUUACGUGGUAACAGCGGCCCAUUGUGUCCCUUAUGGUUUUGAUAAGAAUGAUCUGAAAGUGUCUGUCGGCACUCACAAUUCCUGCGGGUGGGACGCAACAACUACGAUUUUCUCUGUUGAAGAAAUUUUUCCACAUCCGAGCUACGACAGGCGAACGAACUUUGCCGAUAUUAUGCUGGUCAAAUUGGUGAUGAAGAUUACCUUCAAUCAAUUUGUCAGACCAAUUUGUUUGCCAAAAAGUGGACUCGACGUCGUCUCUCGAUUUGGGGGACAGUCCGUAUCUGUACUUGGUUGGGGAUUCUCAGAGAAUAACUCUUUAUUUAAUACAAACUGUGGUCUACGCGUUGCCGAUUUAAUGUUAUUUAACAGGAAUAAAUGUCCCACCAGCGUGUCGAGUUUAAUCUGCGCUGGACAUAUGACAAAACCACGCGGGACUUGUGGGGGCGAUAGCGGCGGUCCUCUUCAGUUAUUAGCCGCGAAUUACAAAUACAUUUUAAUAGGGAUAACUUCCAGUGGAUAUAUAUGCGCUAACGUGAACGAUCCGGAUUUCUACACGGACGUCGCGCGAAUGAUUCCGUGGAUAUUGAAGACAACGAAAGAUGACUCUAAUUAUUGUUGGAACUGAUCGUCGACCUCCGUUGCGAAAUUUGUA